AUGGCUGGCUCUGUUAAAGGUAUCGUGGCCCACGAGACUUCGGAGAUCAAAUCCUCAGAUGCGUCAACCGCCCCCACGCCGCAUGCCAGUAGUUCGGCGGUUGGACUCGUCCAGGAGGCUCCCGUGCAAAGCUGGAAGUCAUACAUCUGGGACACAUUCGACAAAUCUCCAGAGGAGCGGCGGUUUCUCUUCAAACUCGAUGCCGUGCUUAUGACUCUUGCCUCGUUGGGCUACUUUAUCAAGUAUCUCGACCAGGUCAAUAUCAAUAAUGCCUUCGUAUCGGGCAUGAAAGAGGACCUCGGCCUUUAUGGCAACGAGCUUAACUAUAUGCAAACAGCUUGGACGGUUGGAUAUGUUUUGGGUGAAAUUCCAAGAUAUUGGAUUCCAGCUUGCGAGGUAACCUGGUCCGUCUUAACCAUCAUUCUCGCAAAAUGCAAAAACGCACCUCAACUUUACGCUUUGCGCUUCUUCAUCGGUCUGGCAGAAAGCGCGUUCUAUCCCGGAAUGCAGUACAUCAUCGGAUCAUGGUAUCGUAAAGACGAGCUAGCCAAGAGGUCUUGCCUGUUUCACGCCAUGGGCAACGUCGGAUCGAUGGUCUCAGGCUACUUGAUGGCUGGAACUCACAACCUCGAUGGGGUUCACGGAUUCCAUGGCUGGCAAUGGCUCUUUAUUACCAACACCAUCGUUUCGCUCCCGAUUGCGAUCUCGGGAUUUUUCUUUCUACCCGACCUCCCGGAGAUUACCAACGCGUGGUACUUGACUCCCGCCGAGAUAGAUUUGGCGAAACGACGCAUGGAGCUGGAGGGUCGCGCAACCCGCGCCCCGUACACGAAGUCGAAGUUCCGCAAAAUAUUUUCGAGCUGGCGCAUCUACACUCUUGUCUUACUCUACAUAUUCUUCAACAACGGGAACGGUGGGUUGUCGCAACCGGCAUUCCCGUUGUGGCUAAAGCAGGAGGGCUACUCGAUUCGCCAGAUCAACAUCUACCCAACAAUUGCCGAGGUCAUAAGCAUCAUUACAACUCUCAUCUAUGCCUGGACGUCUGACAGCUUGUUUCGCGGAGCACGCUGGCCAGCCAUCGUCUUCUCGGGCGUGGUUAAAAUCGUCGCCUAUACCGGCCUCACCGUUUGGGAUAUCCCAAGUGCAUUCAAGUGGGCGUGCUUCCUCCUCUGCGGCUUCGGUGGCGGCAUUAGUGGCCUUACUUUCGCCUGGGCACACGAGAUAUGCAGUGACGAUAACGAGGAGCGCGCUAUUGUCACCGGUUCCAUGAAUGAGAUGGCUUAUGUCGUCCAAGCUUGGCUCCCUCUCCUCAUUUGGCAACAGGUUGAAGCCCCAAGAUAUGCCAAGGGUUAUCCAAGCAUGGUUGGGCUGUCAGUUGCACUGAUAUGGAUCGCAUUCGUUAUCCGGUACCUUCACAAGAGGGAGAAGAGGAAUAAGCUUAGCAUUGUCGAGAGUAACGCGUAG